AUGACAGAAGAGCAGAAAUACCAAGGCGCAUUGUAUAAGCCGAAGCAAAACAAGAAGCAGCAGCAGCAACAUCAACAUCAACAUCAACAACAGCCCACCAUGAACUCGCACCGGUUAGGCAUGGCCAACACGCUGGCCCUGCAACCAUUUGUCGAGGAUGCCAGCGAAGACAAAGAAUACGAGUCGUGGCACGAGUACGAGGACAAGUCUCGACCUCCCCCCGAGGCGCCAACCCCCCCAUCUGCCGCCGACGAUGACCACGUCAACGUUUUUGACUUUCUGGACAACUCUCAAACCCCGACUGCCUCAAACGUGAGCCAUCCGCGAGACCGAAAGGCUCCUGGCCCCAGCGACAGCACCUCUCUUGUGCGCUACGAGACAAAGAGCGGAGAGCUCCUCGAGCCGGUUCUUAUGGACCGAGACGGAGAGCCGCUUGUACAAUACGGAACCGGCCCUAUUCCCACAGGUUCUCUCGCCACCCCUCAACCCAAGGCCGAGCGACGGAGAUCAAAGGACGGCGAUGCCAAGAAGGACAAGAAGCGGAAGCGCCUGCACGUCGACGUUACUGGCGACCAAAUCAUGGCUGAUGCACCUCCCGUCCUUCACUCUGGUCUCACUGGCGGCCUGAAGAACAUGAUGCGACCUGCCUUCCCACCCUCACCCGACUACUCUGGGGACAACAUUGCCGAUCUCUCCCCAACAAGCCCGCUCAAGAAGACGAAGCACUCUCGACACCACAAGAGCCACCAUCACCACCAGAUGAGCACCAGCCUCUUUGGCAUGAUCUCUGGCCCCCCACCCAAGACCAAGUCGAGCAAGCACAAGUCCUCUUCCAAGAAGCACUCCUCCCACAAGCAUGAGAAGAAGGAGCCCAAGCUCAUCGAGUUCCGGCCCGGUUCCAAGGACGGCAAACACGAGAACCACGGAGGGGAAAUGAUUGUCUUCAAGCCCCGUGCCGAUGUCUUCCUCAGCUUCGUCAACAAGGGGCCUGAGAGCGAGCGCGGCUGCAGCAUGAACAAGACCCUGAAGCGAUUCCACCGGGAGCGCCAAGCCGCCGGCUCUAGCUCCCCCAAGGGCAAGGAAGAGAAGGAACUGUGGCGAUCACUGCGACUUCGACGCAACGACCGAGGCGAAAUUGUUCUCUUUUGUGAAUAA